AUGGGUGACUCCGUAGCAGAGGAAUCGAGAGUUGUGAUCGUGACCGGUGCCACGAGUGGCAUCGGCUCCUGGCUACCUGCUAAUGAUGCACAGAAGAUGUCGAACCAGACUCGUCAAAAGCAACUCUUUGUUACCUCAAAGCCAACAACCAAGUCAAAAGAGAGCCUUCCGAAACGCCCCGAGAUUGAUACCGGUCGUGACUCCCUUGACUCGACAGACAUGGUCACCAAUAAUUCCAAGCCUGCACGAACCUCAAAGAUCCCACGUCUCCGGUGCGCUCUACGCAAGAUAAUCGGUGAGUCCUCCAAUGCGCUGCUACCUGUUGCUAAUUCGGUACCAGCCAACAAAGCACCCGGCACAAGAUCGUUUGCACAACGAUUUAUCGGCAUCAAGAUCCCUAUCACACAGGCGACUAUCCAUAACCGUUCUGUUGGCAAAAUUGUAACCGUAGCAUCAGUGCCCGUUGCCGAAGUACCAGUUCUGAAAUCGAUCCCGAAGGCCAAGCCUGUUCUCACUCAGGCUGUGCGCAAUGGUGUAACGACCAACGAGCCCUGCUACACCUGCGGACAGUACCUCUAA